AUGCACAUUACUUUUAUAACUUAGUUUGUUAUUGGGAACCAAAAAUUGAUAAUACAUUGUAUUGGAUCUCUAAGAAAUGUUCAAGUGUUAAGGUUUCUUAAUCUGGUACUUAAAUAAUUAAAAUACAUGAUUUAGAUACAGAAAAGCUUUGAAUUAUUAUUACUUAUUUUUAAUAUUUAAAAUAUGUUUGACUAGAAUGAUAAUGCUGAAAUUGUAGAUGUAAUAAACUUUGAUGAAUAUGCCAGCAAUGUUCUUAAUUUCUUUUUAUUAGUAGGCUAUUACUCCAAAAAUAUAAAUAGAUGAUCAACGUCCAUCUAGUCCUCCAAAAAUUAUUAAGAAUGAAUAGUUUCAUAAAAAUCUUGGAUAAAAUCAAGCUUACUAUAAAGAGGAUAAAAAAUUUGACAUAAAUUAGGUAUUUAAGUUAUGACAUAUAAAUUUAGAUUAAAGUUGAAAAUACAAUCCGAGUAGUCUAGUCUAAUUCAAUUUAACAAAAAUCAGAGGAAAGUGAUGAAGAUGACUUUGGUUCAGUCAUUUAGUUUUAAGAAAUAGCAGAAAAAGAAGAUUAAGAUAAAAUUCAAUAAUAAGAACAAAUUGAUAUAAACUAAUAAAAUAGAUUAUCUCCUACAGAAAAUAGAAUAGAAAUGCAUGUAGAAGAAAGUCCUAAGAAAAUAGAUCAAGUAGGACCUUCUCUUUAAAAUUCAGUAAUUUCAAAUACUUCUGUGAUUUCAGCUUAUCCAUUGGUGAAUAAAACACUUGAAUUUAAUUGCACAAAAGAAUUUCUAACUAUGCCUUUAAAUGAAAAGGGAAUUGUUUAAUGUUCUCUAAUUAUUAAUACUUCUGGAUUAAAUAAAUUGAAACCUAAAUUUUAUUUAGAAAAGAAUGGCAAAAUUUAUUUAGCUGCAAAAAAAUCAUCUCAUAAAUUUAUUAUUAGUAUGAACAAAGAUAAAAUUUAAAGAAAAUCAUCUAAUUUUAUUGGAUAAAUAAGUUGUAAAAAGAAAUAUGAUUAUAUGUUUUAUGAUAAUGGAAAUAAUCCUAAAAGAAAUAAAUUACCAGUACGUAAUUCGUUAGGAUAAUUAAAGUUCAUAACUUCUUCAAAACCAACAGAACCAAGAUAAUAAGAAGUAUAUUUAAAUUAAAAUAUUUUUCUUAGUUUCGAUUUCCUUUAGAUGAUUCUCAAAUUUUUAUGAAUAGAAAACCUAAAUGGAAUGAAAAAACAAAAAGUUUUACAUUGAAUUUUUAUGAUAGAGUGAAAAUAUCUUCAAUAAAAAAUUUUUAGUUAAUAAAAAUAAAUGAAUAACCUGAAUAGAUAUAUGUAUAAUUAGGAAAAGAAAAUGAUUAGAAAUUUAAUUUGGAUUUUCAAAGUCCUUUAUCUCCAUUAAUAGCUUUUAUGAUAGCUUUAGCAAAUUAUGAUAAAAAGAUUGAGUAUUGA